AUGGCUCGCUCCUCCGUGGUUCAAGAAUACGCGCCGCCUUCCGCGCCGACCCUCACCAUCGACCACAAGGCGGCCGCCGAGCUUCAGAACUUACAAAUAGCUCGUCCUAAGGGCUACCGAGUAUCAUGGCAUGCCAAUCCAGCCGUCGAGCCCCACCAUUUUGGCUCGUCACAUCCCAUGAAGCCAUGGCGCCUCACGCUCACAAAACAACUCGUCAUGGCGUACGGCAUGCACCACGCCAUGGACCUGUAUCUGGCGCGCGCAGCCACUUAUGAGGAAUUGGCCGAUUUCCACGACACCGACUACCUAGAUUUCCUGCAACAGAUCAUGCCGGACAACAUAGACAAGCCCGAGCAAGCGGAUAACGUCGCGCGCUUCAAUUUCGGCGACGACUGCCCCGUCUUCGACGGCCUGUACAGCUACUGCUCGCUAUACGCCGGCGGAUCCGUCGACGCCGCGCGCAAGCUCUGCAACAACCAAGCUGAGAUCGCAAUCAACUGGUCUGGCGGCCUGCACCACGCCAAAAAGGCCGAAGCCAGCGGCUUCUGCUACGUCAACGACAUCGUCCUCGGCACUCUGCAGCUCCUCCGCCACCACCCACGCGUCAUCUACAUCGACAUCGACGUGCACCACGGCGACGGCGUCGAGCAAGCUUUCUGGUCAACCGACCGCGUACUAACCGUCUCGUUCCACAAAUACGACAGAGACAACUUCUUCCCGGGCACCGGUGCACGCGAAGACACAGGUCCCGCACACCCACUCAACCCAGGCGCCCACCACGCCAUCAACGUCCCUCUCAACGACGGCAUCGACGACACCUCCUACAUCGCCCUGUUCAAGGAAGUCAUCGGCGCAUGUAUCAAAACCUACCAACCCGGCGCCAUCGUCCUGCAAUGCGGCGCUGACAGUCUAGGCUGCGACCGACUGGGCUGCUUCAACCUGAACGUGACCGCGCACGGCGCCUGCGUCGCCUACGCCAAGACCUUCCACCUGCCCAUGCUCGUCGUCGGUGGCGGUGGUUACACGCCGCGCAAUGUCUCCCGUGCCUGGGCGCACGAGACCUCCAUUCUCCUCGAAGCAGACAAGCUCAUCAACCCCACUAUCCCAGACACCGUUGCCUUCCGCAAUCACUUCGGUCCCGAUUACUCGCUCUUCCCGCCUCUGUCAGAGAUGCGCAAGCUAGAUAACAAGAACACCCGUGCAUACCUCGAGGGCCUUGUCGAGGCUGUCCACGAGCAACUGAGAUACAUCAAGGGCGCGCCCAGUGUCCAGAUGAGCUUCAUUCCCCCGGAUAUCCUCGGUUUGCGCGAGGACACCGAAAAGGAAAUCGAAGAACAGACGCUUCUGCAUGAGGAGCAGAGGGAGGAAUACGAGGGUGGUGGAUCGCUGGCUGCUGCUGCUGCCGCGGUAGCCGGCUCUGGCUUGGCUUAUACCGGCUCUGCCGGUGCCAUCCCGCGAUCUAACCGGCGACGGGAUCUGGAGCGUGGGGCUGGAUCCAGGGGAGAGCUGUAUUCAUGA